AUGGCAGGUGAUAUAGUCACUGGAAAACCUCCGAAACCUCGUCUUUCGCAAUCACCAUCCUCAUUUCGCCGUGGUCACUACAGUCAGUUAAAUCUUAUAAAUGCUGAAUCCAACCAAGUUAAACACAAAAAAUGCAAUUCAAAAGUAUCUAACGAUAAUUUUGGGAAUAUUGAUUAUGUCAAAUCUCCAAACAGCCUAGAAUCUGUAUCUACUGUUAGUGAAGAGAAUGACGAUAAUCAUAUCGAAGAGUUAUUUGAAGUAAACAAUCAAAAGUCUAUCUGUGAAGAUGAUAAUGAUGAUGGUGAAGAAGAAGAAGAAGAAGGAGAAGAAGAAGAAGAAAAUGCAGACGAGAUAACCUCCCCUUACAAUCAAACAUUCGACACAAGCAAAAUAAGCAGGUGGAUUGAUCAAGUGUUGAAACCCAACGAAAACCCUGGCAUAUCACCCUUUCCAAAUCCAUCAAAACUCGACUUCAGCCAAAAACCAGAUACAGGUUGUUUUUUUUGUGUGUUCACUGAGAUUUUUAUCGCUAAAAUUUUUCUUUCUCUUACUUCAGUCCAUGCACAAACAUUAAACCCAACAGAUGAUAUUUUAACACAAUGGCGUUUACGUCGUCGAAUGGAGCAAGCGAGAUUAGAAAUUUCCAAUGACAGAUUGAAUAAACCAGGUGGAUUUUUACAAUCUGCUACACUGUCUAUGCAUACUAAUAUGCUGUUGCCGCAAUACUCUCAUUUUCCUAGUCAAGCGUGA